AAAUAUAAAUAGUUCAUUUUUUAAAUCCGGAAGGCAAACCACCAAAAUCAAUGGAGUAAAUCCUGCGAAGCAUUUACAAAUAAGAAAUUGUAUUAAAUGGGACUAAAACAUAAUUAAAACUCCAAAAUAGGACUUGAAGUUUUAAAUUGCUUAGAUGAGACUCCAGAUCACCAGACCUGCAAGGACUUCCCCCUGCGACUCUGCUCGAUCGCAACUCGACCUGCUAUCAUCGCAGUUGCUUGCUUGACGCCGGCCGCCACCUCUUCGACGAUUCUUGCAGUGUCGCUACUCCGAUCUGCCAUCAACGACCUCUGCUACGAUUUUCCAGUCAAGUCAGAUGAUGAAGUAGUACUGGCCACAUGUGGGUGGUGGUGUUUGAAGUCAGAAGAGAUGGCGGCGUCAGAUGCGUUGUGGAUAAUGAGCGCUGCUGUUCUUCUGCUGAUGGCCCCAAUCACCAACGCUUGGGGAAAACAAGGACACUUUGCUAUCUGCAAAAUCGCCCAGGAAUAUCUAACUGAAGAGGCUCUCGAAGUGGUAAAAGACUUGCUCCCUGAUGAAGCUAAAGGAGAACUUGCUAAUGUUUGUGAUUGGGCAGAUCUAGUUCGUUAUCAUGCACACUACGGUUGGAGCAAGAGUCUACAUUAUGUUGACACACCUGAUUUUUUAUGCAACUACAAAUUUUCCAGGGAUUGCCAUGACACUAAGAGGCAUAAGGAGAGGUGUGUUACUGCAGCAAUUCACAACUACACUGAGCAGCUUUUGGGUUACAAUAAUUCAAACUCAAAAACAAAUUACAAUUUGACAGAAGCACUCAUGUUCUUAUCACAUUUUGUUGGUGAUGUCCAUCAGCCUCUUCACGUAGGGUUCCUUGGAGAUGAAGGGGGAAACUCAAUAAUUGUCCGGUGGUACCGGAGGAAGACUAAUUUGCACCAUGUAUGGGAUACUAAUAUCAUCGAAACUGCGGUAAAGAACAUCUAUGACUCUAAUCUUACACUGAUGAUUCUAGCUCUUCAAAACAAUAUCACGAAUGAAUGGCCCGUUGAUGUUCAUUUGCUGGAAAGUUGCAAUGAGUCCGUCUGUCCAGACCCGUAUGCCUCAGAAAGUAUUAGUUUAGCCUGCAAAUUUGCCUACAGAAAUGCCACGCCUGGGAGCACUUUGGGAGAUGAAUAUUUUCUCUCAAGGCUGCCGGUUGUGGAAAAGAGGUUAUCUCAAAGCGGGGUCCGUUUGGCUGCCCUUCUCAACUCCAUUUUCACUUCACACCCAUCAGUUGCACAACUAUGAAGAUAACAGGGGGGAGAACGGGGAGGAGUGAAGCUGCACUUGUUGCAAAUGCAGUCAUAUAUAGAUUGGGUUUCCCUAGGGAACAAUAAUUGAAAUGCCUAAUAACUACUUCAUGAAACCGGCCUUCGGUUUCAAGCAUUUUAUAUCUCGUUGGAGAGAUUAUUUUGAGCUCUUAAAUUAGUGUUUUUUAGAAAGUUUCACUUGUUUACGUCUUAACGAGAAUGUCAUUGGUUGUUGGGGAAAUUGCAAUGCAUAUCUAUAUGUUCCUCUUCUUAAAAUAUAUCAUCAGGCCAUGCGAAAUUUCAUGGAACAUAUUGUUCAUCUUCAAUGUACAUUUAAGAUGUUUUUAUCU